AUGUCGUCGUACGCGACGGGGGACGAUGUCAACAAGGGGAGCCAUAGACUAACCCACCUGCUCUCAGUCAAUCACUUCAACAUCAAGCGCAAGGCGCAUCACUUCAGCCGCCAGAGCGACGAGAAUUGGAAUCCCUUCCGACAUGUUUGGAAGAGAUCGCACGCCAACACAUGGGAUGGCGCUCGUGCGGAGGCCCAGAUCGAGGGGGACAACAACGGAGCGAUUCUAACCCAAUCAGUCACAUCGCCAUUCCCGACAACAGGCAUAAGAGAGGAAGAAGCCUCUGUUCCCGGAACUGGCACAGGCACGGAAGAACCUGUUCGCAAGGCCAGCAAUGAGACGCAGGAGCAUGAAACGCCACUUAUCCACCGAACCCAGUCCGGGACUGACGCCGAUGGCAUGCGGAAUCGCGGCAAGGGAGACCAGGAUGAAAAACUUGACGAGCCAGCUCUCAGCGAGCCUGACAACAGCAAGACGAAGAAGCCUAAGCAGAAUGGCCUCAUCCGCCACGUCCACCCCAAGGAGCCUUUUACCGUUGCCAAUCAGAUCCAGCGAACGCUGCUCAACUCAUGGAUCAAUGUGCUGCUUGUUGCUGCUCCGAUCGGCAUCGCUAUCAACUACGUCCACUCUGUCACACGUAUCGCUGUUUUCGUCGUCAACUUCAUCGCCAUCAUCCCGCUUGCUGCCAUGUUGAGUUUUGCUACCGAAGAGAUUGCCCUCCGUACUGGUGAAACCCUUGGUGGCCUGCUCAACGCUACCUUUGGUAAUGCCGUCGAACUCAUCGUGGCCAUCAUUGCUUUGAUCGAUGGCAAGGUCAACAUUGUCCAGACUUCGCUUAUUGGCUCCAUUCUCUCCAACUUGCUCCUGGUCAUGGGAUUCUGCUUCUUCUUCGGUGGCCUGCGUCGCCCGGAGCAGCACUUCAACACCGUCGUAGCUCAGACCGCUGCAUCUAUGCUGGCCUUGGCUGCUGCCUCCGUCAUUGUUCCCACCGUCUUCGAUGCCGCCGCUAACACGCCUACCGAGAGCGUUGCUAAGCUCUCUCGCGGUACCGCUGUCAUUCUGCUUGUUGUCUAUGGCGCCUACCUGUUUUUCCAGCUCAAGACUCACUCACAGGUCUUCAACGAGCAGAGCCAAAAGGUUCCCGCCAAGCCAUGGAGCAGCGGAUCUUCAAACCCCAAUCUCAAGCAGGGCCUGGUGGUUCCCGCCACUCUGGUGGGCGGCCACAUUGUUGACAAGGACAACUUCAAUUCUCUCAUCACCAACUCACCAGACGAGGAAGAGGAGGAGGAAGAGGAAGAUCCUCAGCUGCACUUCUACGUAGCUAUUGCUACUUUGGCUGCCUCUACCGUCAUCAUUGCUCUCUGUGCUGAAUUCAUGGUUGGAUCGAUCGAUGCCAUUACCCAGAACGGUGCUCUGUCUGAUGAAUUUGUUGGUCUUAUUCUGCUCCCCAUUGUCGGUAACGCCGCCGAGCACGCUACUGCCGUCACUGUCGCCGUAAAGGACAAGAUGGAUCUCGCUAUUGGUGUUGCUGUUGGAUCUAGUAUGCAAGUCGCCCUAUUCCUCAUCCCCAUGUUGGUUGUUAUCGGCUGGGGCAUGGGCAACGACGAGAUGAACCUGAGCUUCGAUACCUUUCAGGUUGCUGUCAUGUUUGUUGCUGUAUUACUGGUCAACUAUCUCAUUGGCGAUGGAAAGAGUCAUUGGUUAGAAGGCUGGUUGUUGAUGUGCCUCUACGCUAUCAUCGCUGUUUGCGCAUUCUGGUAUCCCAACCAAGACACCAUAACCUCAUCGUCAUAA